CACAUCCGUGACGCAGGCUAAAAGAAGGACAAGGCGCAGCAUCCCUACAUCCUCCAUCGCAUUUCUCUCAACCCGACGCUGACAACAGAGACAAGAAACGAUUUUGUGGCUUGCUUUCAGGCCCAAUCACAUCAAACAGAAUGACUAAAGAGAAAACUUCUGAGGUGGAAGAGGCACAACCAGCAUCUGAGUUCACCAGCCCUGUUCAUGAACCUCGCAAAAAACCCAUGGUGCAUCCAUCUGCACAGGCUCCACAUCCCAAGGACUAUGCGUUCACCUUCUUUGACCCAAAUGAUCCGGCUUGUAUGGAGAUUCUGAUUGACCCUCAGACCACAAUCCCAGAGCUAUUCGCCAUCAUCCGCCAGUGGGUCCCACAAGUUCAGCACAAGAUCGAUAUCAUAGGCAAUGAGAUUUUAAAGCGAGGUUGCCAUGUCAACGACCGUGACGGCCUAACGGAUAUGACUCUUCUCCACUACUGCUGCAAAGCGGGAGCUCAUGGAGUGGGUGAUCCUGAGGCAGCGCUCCGGCUGUCCAAUCAGCUCAUAGCUCUAGGUGCUGAUGUGAGUCUGCGCAGUCGUUGGACCAACAUGAACGCUCUCCAUUACGCAGCUUACUUCGAUGUGCCAGAACUGAUCCGCAUUUUGCUCAAAGCCUCCAAGCCUAAAGUGCUCAACUCCACCUGUAGUGAUUUUUAUCAUGGCACAGCUCUGCACAUUGCUGCCUCCAACCUCUGCCUGGACGCUGUCAAGUGUCUGCUGGAACAUGGAGCCAACCCCUCUGUCAGAAAUGAUAAAGGUCAAGACCCUGCAGAGGUCGUCCCUGACCCCAUAGACAUGAGUCUGGAUAAAACAGAGGCUGCUAUGGUGGCUAAAGAGCUGAAGCAGUUGCUGUUGGACGCAGUGCCGCUCAGCUGUAACCUUCCUCGUGCCACCCUGCCAAACUAUGACAACAUCCCCGGAAACCUCAUGCUCUCCUCCCUGGGCCUCAAACUUGGGGGCCGUGUGGUGCUGGACGACAUGAAGACUGGCACCCUCCGUUUCUGUGGCACCACUGAUUUCGCCAGCGGGCAGUGGGUGGGCAUCGAGCUGGAUGAGCCAGAGGGCAAGAAUGACGGGAGUGUGGGUGGGAUCCGCUAUUUUAUCUGCUCCCCAAAACAAGGUAUUUUCACCCCUGUGUCAAAAAUCAGCAAAGCUGUUGAACAGACCCCCUCUUCUGUCACCUCCACGCCCAAAACCCCUCGCAUGGAUUUGUCUCGUGUGACUGGCAAGAUCAAGAAAGAGAAAAAAGAGAAAGAUCGUGAAAAGAUUCCGAGAAAGAAGUCUCUGUCUGGGGGUUUGGAUCCUGAUGGAGUGAAGGUUGAAGUUGGGGAUCAGGUGCUGGUGGCCGGCCAAAAGCAAGGAAUUGUCCGCUUUUUUGGAAAGACAGACUUUGCUCCUGGAUAUUGGUUUGGUGUGGAAUUGGAGCAGCCCACUGGAAAGCAUGACGGCAGUGUAUUUGGAGUGCGUUACUUCCACUGUUUGCCCAAAUAUGGGGUUUUUGCACCACCAUCCCGUGUUCAGAGAAUUGGAGGACCCAAAGACUCCGAGGGAGAUGGGACACUAGUGAAGAAAGUCCACCAGGUGACUAUGUCCCAGCCGAAGCGUAACUUUAAUACGGUACGGUCUCCGAAAGACAUAACAUCUGAGAAUUCUGUAUCCAGCAGGUUGCUGUUCUGUUGCUGGUUUCCCUGGAUGCUCCGUGCAGAGAUGCAGUCUUAAAUCCACCGGUUACAUCUUUAAUUUUAUCUCCUCCUCUUUCUGUUCCUCCUCAAGAUAAAAUCUCUCCCCCUUCUGUGUACAUCCAUUAUUCACAUGUGCUUCUUUCUGUGAACUAACCAGACUGCUGUCAGAGCCACAGCUGUACACCCUCUCCUCCCACCCCUUUGAUGGCAAUUAAAUAACAAAAAAUAGUGCCUUGUGAAGUAACUAAUGUCCUGCAUUCCGAUUAUUAAAUUACAAACAAAUAAGCAAUCUUUUAUUAAAUCUAAUUAAGGCAAAAUCAUAUCCACUAAAAGCCAUUCAUGUCUUUGUAUCUGCUUGGGUUUUUUGAUAAACCACUGUGGGUAGAUUACUGGCAGGAUUCAGGCUUGUUAAUACAGUCAUGAUACAAACAAGCACGCUUGUUGGCUUUUGUUGCUUAAAUUUGUAAAGGUGCUUUUUGUUUAAUUUGGUUUUGAAACAUGUUGCUGCUGUAUUAUGAACCUGCCUUAAUUUCCAGUAUUAUAGUGCAAACUUUGGCUAAAUUCCUAAGUUUCAAAUGCCUGUUAUUUAUUUAGUUUUAGUAGGUGACUUAAAUUAUUUCUGAAUUAUAAGUGAAAUUCUGAAAGCUUAUAAAAAUGUUUCAUAAAAAACACUGUCCUCUGAAAAUAUUGAUGCUGCCAAUGUGAAAAAAGAACAGGGUUUUCCCAUCUGAGCCCAAUGUUUUCUUCAUCCACAAUUACCCUUAUGCAAUUGUAUAGAUUAAGGUAUAAAUAUUGCAUGACAUUCGCAGGCAUGGGCACGUUUCCCGAUGCUUAAACUGUUCUGAAAGGCGUUGAGAGGACUGCUUUAGAUUUUAAAAGUGAAUUAAUCACUUGUCAUUUCAUUAAAAUCUACCACAGAGCCAAAAAUAAGCUACAUGAUAUACUAAAGGCUAAAUUAUCAAUUACUCCAAAUGACAUAUUAUAGAUUUUUAAACUACCUUCUUAACAACAUUCUUGACCUUUAAUAAAAAACGAGGUAGACAAAAUUAAAAGGUCUGAUUCUAUAACCCAAUAACUAUACAAAUAAACAACAAAGGUAUUUCUUUCACUGAAAAAAUAGAAAAAUAAAAUGCAUAUGCUUUAUUGUUAUUUACUUUAAAAUAAAGUAUCAUUUGCACCUUUUUCAGAAGUUACAGGCCAAACAGUUUUUAUGCAUUGUACGUUUUAUCCAAUGUAAAACAACACUAGUUUCUACAGUCUAAAAAAGCUGUUAGAUCAGCCCCAAUUAUCCCUUCUCACUCUCCAUCAUUCAUUUUGCAACAUUGAUUCGUUUUGUGAAUGCUCUUCUUUAAAAUUCUGAUUGUGAAAAAGUAUGUGCUUAUUAUAUUGUAAUCAAGUGUGUGGGUAAAAACAGCAAUAUUUACUCUGUCAACUUGCAUAUGAAUAUGGAUAGAAAUGUGUCAACUUUAUUACCACCUAUAGAAGCACAGCAUGAGUAAAACUGUCUGCCCCUUAUAGUUAACCUGGGAUCAAACAUUAUUAGGUAAAAUCACUCAAAUGAUCCCAGAAUGGGCAGAUAUUGUAAAGGAGAGAUAAAAAAAAAAUGCUUUUCUCAUGUGCUCUCCUAAACAACUUUCUUGUGAACACUUGAUGAACUGCACUGAUCUGCAAAAAAAAAAAAAAAAAAAAAAGAAAGAAAAAAGAGCAAAUUGCAAAAUUGAAAAUGUACUGCUUAAACAGGUCUGAAUAGCUUUUGAUUUCUUCAGCUGCCAUGCCAUUAUUCAUUGAAGAGUUAUAGAAUUUGUGUGGUAGGUUUAACAUUGACACAGUAGUGAUUAGAGUAGUAUUCUUCUAAUGGAGUUCAAAGGUCAGCUUUCAACAAACCUUGUGCAUAAUCAGUUUGAUGAAACUUAUUGUGACUUGUAGAGUAUGUUGCUUUAUGGUGACUUAAAGUUGUAAAAAUCAACAAUAUCUCACUGUUUUUAAAUUAAUUUCAACACAAGUCACAUUUCAUUGUUUGAUGCCAAAAGGAAAACAAAAAGGUAUGACCAUUUCAUUUGUAAUUAUCUCACAUUGACAUGGCUUACCCUCCACACUUUUAAGUUUCAAGUCUGAGAGUUUAAAUGUGACAUCUAACAUUGUCAGCAAAGCUUUUUGUCAUUUUCUAUCCAGUUGUGUAAUUGGUAUAGUUAAUUUCUAAGCAUUUAUUUGUCCAAGAAAAUAUCUAUUUUAAUAAUUUUACAAUGUACUUUUUUAAGGUUAGGCCUAUGUGUUUUGUGUUUUCAUGUUAACAAUACUGUACUCUGUAAAUGGAAUUAAUGUGGAUAUUAUUUAUUAAUUCAGUUCGGGAUUUGAUGGACCAUACAGUAACUGUACUGCAUGCUGUGUAUACCUUUUGCUGGGGGUGUUUUCCUACAGUGUAUCAGCAUGAAAAGUUUAUUAAUUACUUCAAGUGAAACUAUCCUGGCUAUGGAUAUAUGAC